AACAAAGCGAACGAGCGAGAGGCAAACGAGUAGAGAAAAAUUAUUGAACGCAGAAAAGUCCACCAUCGAACGUCGCAGCGCCAGUGAAAAAACGGUAGAAAACGCAAAAAGCCGGAACAAGCAGCCAAAAUCCACUUGAAUCCCCCGUUUGCAGUGAGAGAAAUCAAAAGCAAAAAUGAAUGAGGAAUACGACGCGAUUGUGCUCGGCACGGGCCUGAAGGAGUGCAUCCUCAGCGGGAUGCUGUCCGUUUCCGGCAAGAAGGUGCUGCAUAUUGAUCGGAACAAGUACUAUGGCGGCGAGUCCGCCUCGAUAACGCCGCUGGAGGAGCUCUUCCAGCGCUACGGUCUGGAGCCGCCCGGCGAGCGGUUCGGGCGUGGCCGGGACUGGAACGUGGACCUCAUUCCCAAGUUCCUGAUGGCCAACGGCCAGCUGGUCAAGCUGCUCAUCCACACGGGCGUCACCCGCUACCUGGAGUUCAAGUCCAUCGAGGGCAGCUACGUCUACAAGGGCGGCAAGAUUGCCAAGGUGCCGGUUGACCAGAAGGAGGCCCUGGCCUCGGAUCUCAUGGGUAUGUUCGAGAAGCGUCGCUUCCGGAACUUCCUCAUCUACGUGCAGGACUUCCGGGAGGAUGACCCCAAGACCUGGAAGGACUUCGAUCCCACCAAGGCCAACAUGCAGGGCCUGUACGACAAGUUUGGCCUGGACAAGAACACCCAGGACUUCACCGGCCACGCCCUGGCCCUGUUCCGCGACGACGAAUAUCUGAACGAGCCGGCCGUGAACACGAUCCGGCGCAUCAAGCUCUAUUCGGACUCUCUGGCGAGGUACGGCAAGUCGCCCUACCUCUAUCCAAUGUACGGCCUGGGUGAGCUGCCCCAGGGCUUUGCCCGACUCUCGGCCAUCUAUGGCGGCACCUACAUGCUGGACAAGCCCAUCGACGAGAUUGUCCUCGGCGAGGGUGGCAAGGUGGUGGGAGUGCGGUCCGGCGAGGAGAUUGCCAAGUGCAAGCAGGUCUAUUGCGAUCCCAGCUACGUGCCCGAUAAGGUUCGCAAGCGCGGCAAGGUGAUUCGCUGCAUUUGCAUCCUGGACCAUCCGGUGGCCAGCACCAAGGACGGUCUGUCCACGCAGAUUAUCAUUCCACAAAAGCAGGUCGGCCGCAAGUCGGACAUUUAUGUGUCGCUGGUUAGCUCCACUCACCAGGUGGCCGCCAAGGGCUGGUUCGUCGGCAUGGUUUCGACCACCGUGGAGACCGAGAAUCCGGAGGUUGAGAUUAAGCCCGGCUUGGACUUGCUGGAGCCGAUCGCACAAAAGUUUGUGACCAUUUCUGAUUACUUGGAGCCGAUCGAUGAUGGAGCCGGCUCGCAGAUCUUCAUCUCGGAGUCGUACGAUGCGACCACGCACUUCGAGACCACUUGCCUGGAUGUGUUGAACAUAUUCAAGCGCGGCACUGGAGAGACGUUCGACUUUUCCAAGAUCAAGCACGAGCUGGGCGACGAGGAGCAGUAAGCAAGGAGCAGGGCCUCAUCUGGUUAUGGUGCAUUUGAACAGCUCAACAUCAGCCACAAACACAUCGUAAAUCGUCUCAGCGUCGUGGCCAAACCUUACAGAAAAAUACCCAAGAUAAAAACAAAAAAGAAAUAAAAACUAAAAAAAAACAAAAAAAAAAAAAAAAACUAAAAACGAAAAUCCAGAAUUGUAUUACGAAAAUGCUUUUCCAUCGAGAGAUGAAGUUUUAGAUGUGAAAAACGACAUGCUUGCUUCGCGCAAUAUUGGAUAUGCCUAGGAAAUAUAUAUAUAUAUAAACAAACACCCACACACACACAACCUAUAAAACAUAAAUUAUACAACAAGCAGUCGCGAAUGUAUGUACGUCUAUAUAUGUAUAUGUAUAACUAUGCGAGUGUUGGGCGACUAAAUCAAAUUCACAAGGAUUCAGCUUGUUGUGACUCCCGAGCAAGGGUCCUAGGGCACGACGUAUACUCUCUCUCCCCCAAUCAACCCGAUCGAAAGGUCAGUCAGUCACGCGAUUAUGCUUGGAUUUAAGUUAUACGAGUAUACAAAAUAAAGUAUAUAUCAUAUAUAUAUAUAUAUUGUCUAUGUA